CUCUCCCCACUUGCUACAGCACAAGACAGGGAGGCCAUAACACGAGACCAUGAAGAAUCUGCUCCCACUCUCUGUUCUGGCAGCCUUGGCCUUGGCAGCUGUGUGUUAUGAGUCACAUGAAAGCAUGGAAUCCUAUGAAGUUAGUCCCUUUAUUAACAGAAGAAAUGCUAAUACCUUUAUGUCCCCGCAGCUGAGAUGGAGAGCCAAAGCCCAAGAGAGGAUCCGAGAGCGAACUAAGCCUGCCUAUGAGAUCACCCGGGAAGCCUGCGAUGACCACAGACUUUGUGAACGCUACGCCAUGAUUUAUGGAUACAACGCAGCCUACAACCGUUACUUCCGGCAGCGCAGAGGGAGCAAAUGAGAGUUGGGGAGAAAGUCUUUCUUUCCAGAGCCUGGUGCCUGGUUUGGUAAUCCCUUGCAGUAGCAGCAUGGAGAUAUGUAGAUACAUAUGACUUGCUUCUUCCCAAAAGUUCUUGUCUGGCUGCACCCUUCUUUCCUAACCCCCAGAUUAAGUAAUGGAAGUCAAGAAAAAGUGAAGAUAUCUAUGUAAUUAUGACAAUAAACUUUUUGUUGGAGGA